CACGUUUAUAGCACCGCUCACACCUAUCAGAAUAAAAAGUGGGCGGAGCUCGUACACUUGAUUGCCAGCAAACGGCGUGGAGAACAUUUGAGAACUAUCAAUAUACUGCUGGCAAUUCUCGCUCAUUUGUAAACUAAUUGAUUUAUAGAAAUUCCUCUGAGCUCCUUAAUUUCACUUAUUGCUUUGGCUAUCAUUAAAUCGAUCUUGAUACAGGGGUGAUAUUGCGGUGGGGAAUUGCCCCGGCUUUAGCAGUUUAACGCCAAUAGAAUUGUCGCAAACAAGUGUUCUAGUCUUUCACAGAAAACGAAAUGAGAGAAAACUGCUACCAGCAAUUUAUUUUCAUGUUAGACAGUAGGGAGAAAUCUUCUUAAUUGCAUGCAAGGACACUGCCUUUCCUAAAUGGAUAAAGAUGUUUGAUUAGUAGGCAGAUGUGCUUAAUUGGUGAUUUUCGGAGAGCGUGGACAUCGAAAAGGACUUAAGAAACGAUUGAAUGGAGUGUGAGUUAUUCUCGUGGACGAAUUAAUAACGAACUUUGAUUUGUGAAUGGCUUAGAUAGAUAUUACAAAGACUUUUUUCUGCCUUUCAUCAAAGCAACACUUUGAAUUAAAUAUUUUAUAUAAUUUUUUUGGGGAAAAAAACGCAUUAAGCAUUUUUUCUGAUUGAUUUGAGACUUAUUUUAAAAAGUGACAGAAGUAUAAACAAAAUAAUGGAAGGACUUAUUCCGUAUAGCAGAGGAUUCUUUUAUCCCCUGCCUGUGUCGCUGACCACUGUCCAGCUUAAUACCUGGCAUCAUCAUGUGUAUGACAAACCCGUGAAGAACCCGACACCGUUUUUUAUCUCUAACAUUUUGAAUCUUGAGCCUGAAAGACGGAUGAAAACAGACUCUUCGGUACCAAGUGAUAGAUCAAACACGAGUUCCAAUGAGAGAAGUUUUAUGUUUUCAAACUCUGGAUUUAAUAGUCGUAUGUUCAGUGCGCAGACUCGCUACCCGAAUGUUGUAGUUCGUGCCGGAAGUCCGACUCGUCUCGGAGAGGACCAUGAAGGAACAAGAGUUCGAACCCAAUCACCUUGUACAUUUCCAAGAGACGGUGUCGAGUCGCCGCAGGAAGAGCCGGACAGAGGUAUAAGGUCAACAGAGAAACAUAAAUUAUCAUCUGAUGACGACACAAGUGACGUCAGUGCUCCUCAAAAGAAGAAAAAGGCGCGGACUACGUUUACAGGACGACAAAUAUUCGAGCUAGAGAAGCAGUUUGAACAGAAGAAAUAUUUAUCGUCUGCUGAGAGAGCGGAAAUGGCGUCUUUACUAAACGUUACCGAAACACAGGUGAAGAUAUGGUUUCAAAAUAGACGUACAAAAUGGAAGAAACACGAGAAUAUUACAGCUACAGAAAUCCCAGAGCACAAACUACAAGCUGCUAAAAAUCCCGAUGUUGCGAAGGCAAUCCAGAACGCCGCUAAACUUAGAAAAGCCAAGGAACGUUUAGAAGUUUCAACAUCAUCCACUACUAGCAAGAAAGACAACUCAUGUAACCAACCACUAGAUUUCUCAAUGGAAAACUUAGAUAAAAUGAAGAAUACACGAGACGAUGUAACAGAUUGUAUUUUAGAAAACGAUGAGAGGAAGGAUGGUGGUAGUAUAAAAGCUGAAGAAAGUAUAGAACUCGAAACCGAAGCCUGCACUGAACAAGACUCAAUACAUAGUUAUGACGCUAUUAUCGAUACGAGUGAAGAUGAACAACACGUUGACAAUAAUCGAGGCAUUAAUGAUGAAAAAAUAGAGAAAACAAAAACGGCACUUACUCAAAAGUAUGUAAAUGUUGAAGAAACCGAAGAUGACGACAGCCUUGAGGACAUGGGGCUUGGACAGAAUGUUUCAGUUGGAAAAGCUGAAGUCCAGUACGCAGACAUUUCCAAUAUUGCGUGAAUUUGAGUUUACAACAAAGUUUCAUGUAAAGAUGUUGUUUUUCAAAUACAGUUUUAAGUUAUAAAAGGAAUUAUUUGAAACUACCCGUGUUCAUACAAUGAAAGAUAAAUGCUAGUUUUAAAUGUUCCCAAAUAGCCUAAGUAUUAAUUUCAGAUUGAGACUUUAAAAUUCAGACACGUAUUCUUACCAUUUAACAUGUAGAAAAAAGUUUCAGCAAAUAUACAUUGUAAAUUCA